GUCCAGCCAGGGUGCCAGGCCUGGGGCGCUUCGCGUGGCCGCUCAGCAGGCUGGCUUUCCGCGCCGCCGUCAAGCCCCCGACAGGUUCCGGGCCUUCCCAGUCUGCGGCGGGUCAGGAGCAUGGCUUCCGAGAUGGAGUCGUCCAUGGAGGCGAGCUUUACGUCCAGCGGUGCGCUGUCAGGGGCUUCAGUGUUUCUGCCGCCGGCACGCUCCCGCAUCUUCAAGAUAAUCGUGAUCGGCGACUCCAAUGUGGGCAAAACGUGCCUGACCUACCGCUUCUGCGCCGGCCGCUUCCCCGACCGCACAGAGGCUACUAUCGGCGUGGAUUUCCGAGAACGAGCAGUGGAGAUUGAUGGGGAGCGCAUCAAGAUCCAGCUAUGGGACACAGCAGGACAAGAACGAUUCAGAAAGAGCAUGGUACAGCACUACUACAGAAAUGUUCAUGCUGUUGUCUUCGUGUAUGAUAUGACCAACAUGGCUAGUUUUCAUAGCCUGCCAUCUUGGAUAGAAGAAUGCAAACAACAUUUGUUAGCCAAUGAUAUACCACGGAUUCUCGUUGGAAAUAAAUGUGACUUAAGAAGUGCCAUUCAGGUACCUACAGACUUGGCACAGAAAUUUGCUGACACACACAGUAUGCCUUUGUUUGAAACCUCUGCUAAAAAUCCUAAUGAUAAUGACCACGUGGAAGCUAUAUUUAUGACCUUGGCUCAUAAGCUUAAGAGCCACAAACCAUUAAUGCUUAGUCAACCCCCUGAUAAUGGAGUUACCCUGAAGCCUGAACCAAAGCCUGCAGUGACGUGCUGGUGCUAAAUAACAGUCUUUAGUAUACUGUUUAAUUUUGACUGAAGAAAUACUUUGGAAGUAUGACAGUGAUAGUCAUAAGAUUUAAUCUCAAAUGUAAUGAGUCAUCCUGAUACUUUACUGUUUGUCAUCAUCAUGCUCACUUUUGCAUUUUGUGUUUGCUUAGUCAAGUUUGUCACUGUGACAACACAAGGAAAAAGUUGGUUUUCAGGUGAGGUUGAAAAUGAAGCCAAGGCAGGAUGAAUUAGAACAUCUUUCCAUUGAGAACCCAGUGAAGGGGGCUCCAAAUAAGAGUCUGAUGGAGUUUUAAGUCAGUGACUGUUCAGUCCUGUGUUCCUGUAAUUGAAAAAAAAUAUUAAGGGUUCAGUACACACUUAAUGGUAUGUCCUUUGAAUGGGAAAGUGUUCUCGAUUGGAUAAAAACUGGUACUUGCCUCUCCUUAGAGUUCUUUCUUUGUAUUAAUGUAUUUAAUUGCGUUACUAUUUUGGUACAUUUUAGAGCUAAGACUUUAGUUUUAGUGGAGGAGAAGGCAUCAAAUGUGUCCUGGUUCUCAGUCCAUAAAGAAUGACUUUCCCAACAGAUUGUGAUGCUCGAUAUUUUUAAUCAGUCAAGUCUAUAAAAACUGUUACUUUUAGAAGAGUAAUUUGAAUUGUUUUCUUAGUAAAUUCUAUUAAAAUAUGCAAAAUAAGUCAAAUUUUAAUGCAAAUGAAAUGACAUAAUAAGGUGCUUUAUAUUUUAUUAUGAUAUCUUGAAACAGUGAAAAACAAAUUGAAAAUAUAUAAGGAGUUGUAACUAGGGGGAAAAUAGGUAAACGUGGUUCCUGGCUACCACAGGAGACAUAUUCUUAGCUUUUAGUAAUUUCUGGAUGUGUAUCUGGCAUAGUAUCUCUUGCUCGCUCUCACACCCAAUCAACUUAAUGACUAAAGGCUGAAUUAACAAAUCAUGUUCCAUUUGGAUUGCAGCUCUGAGGACAGACCUCUAAUUGCUAUGAGUUUCCAUAUAUCUGUAAUAGUGUUGUGUUACAGUACAUCAAUUUUUAAAAUCUUUAUAUUUUAUGGCCACAACAUGCUAUUCCUUCCUCCUCGGUAUGAAAAACAAAUUAGAUAUUGAAAAAUAUCUUGUCUAUCCCUCAGUGGUGGAAAGAAUAUUUCAAAAAGUUUUUUAUCCCACUUUUAUUUUGAAGUUAAGACUUUGCACAGAGAACUAGUAAGCCUGUUUAUGAAGCUAUUACAUGAGCGGAAGUAAGCCAUGAACUUUCACUGAAGUGUGCACACUAACUCUGAUAGAUUGCUGUCCUUGGCAAUUUUAGAGGAAAUUAAGCCAAAAGGUGAUUGUACUUAUAGUAUUCUCAGAAUGUAGGAAACAAAUUAAACAUGUAUCUAAUCUAGUUUGGGAUUUUUGUUUUAUCAUCAUGAUGGUCCUAACUGGAUAAUUUAAUUAUAAAAGAUAAUUCUAUUAAUUGAACUAACUGCAAGUAAUAAUUAUAGAAAAUAAUUAUUCAGUUUUAAAUAUUAGAGAUUAAGGAAAAACAAUUUGGCUUGUGUUUAGGGAGAUUAAUCCAUUUUUCUUAAUGCUAGAAUUAAAAAUGAUUUGACUUUAUCCAAAUUAAUAUUGAUUUGUAACUAUUUUUGUAGUAAAACAGUGACAGCUGUAAUAAUUGUGAUGGAUGUAACACUUUUUUAAAAGAAGGGAAUCUGUUUAUUGCUUUUCAAAACAUUUUCUAAAGUGAGGGAAGAAAGUUUAUAGACUUUCCAAGCACAUUUAUGUUUUUUUCAGUGCUAGUGUUAAUGGUUUUUUAAAAAGGAAUUUAACUUUCUUUUUGUAAGAAGUUAGUAGUUAACUAUCCUUUACAGUUCUGUGAAAGGAUUUAUUUUUUCACUUUAAUAUUUAUUAAUUUAAAAAUAUUUGUAUCUUUGUAAUGAUUUGUUUUAACUUUUUCUAUGUAUGUUUUUAUUUUUAAAAAGAGCAUACAUAUUAGUUGAAUGGGGAUAAAGCUUUUAGAUACUUUCUAAAAUAUUUAUAAAAACACUUCAUGACUGUUGAGAAAUCACUUCCAAAAUGGUGGCUAUCAAACAACUAAUUAUUAAUUUUUAAAGCACAAAUACAUUUUGUAACUCAUGUGUGAAUUUAUUUUAACUGUGACCUUUUAAUUGAAAACAUAUAUAUCUGGAGAAGUCUUAAUUUGAGAACAACAAAGGAAGCUAAUCCAGAAUCUAAUGUAGUUAGCUAUUAAUUAUGAUGCUUUAUUGACAGUAUACUGCUAAUAUGUUUCCUCAUGAAAUCUAAACUAAAGUUAAAUAGUUUUGUGGUAGACUGGUGUCACUGUAACAUUUCCCUCAUGAACUUCAAUAAACCAGCUUUGCCAUAAAGAAAUUA